CGUGGUGUCGCUGCGGGCUUGCUCUGCCGUGCGCUAGGCUUGGUGGGAAGGCCUGUGCUCAAGUCCGCGCUUUUCGUCGCCGCCAUGUCGGGAGGUGGUGUGAUUCGUGGCCUGGCAGGGAACAACGAUUGCUGCAUCUACGUGGGUAACUUACCUCCAGACAUCCGAACCAAGGACAUUGAGGACGUGUUUUACAAAUACGGUGCUAUCCGCGACAUCGAUCUCAAGAAUCGCCGCGGAGGACCGCCCUUUGCCUUCGUUGAGUUCGAGGACCCUCGAGACGCGGAAGACACGGUGUAUGGUCGCGACGGCUAUGAUUACGAUGGAUACCGUCUGCGGGUGGAGUUUCCUCGAAGCGGCCGUGGUACAGGCCGAGGCGGUGGCGGGGGUGGAGGUGGCGGGGCUCCCCGAGGCCUCUAUGGCCCCCCGUCCAGGCGUUCUGAAAACAGAGUGGUUGUCUCCGGACUGCCUCCAAGUGGAAGCUGGCAGGAUUUAAAGGAUCACAUGCGUGAAGCAGGUGAUGUAUGUUAUGCUGAUGUUUACCGAGAUGGCACUGGUGUCGUGGAGUUUGUUCGGAAAGAAGAUAUGACCUAUGCAGUUCGAAAACUGGAUAACACUAAGUUUAGAUCUCAGAGGGAGAAACUGCCUACAUCCGGGUUAAAGUUGAUGGGCCCAGAAGUCCAAGUUAUGGAAGAUCACGCUCUCGAAGCCGUAGUCGUAGCAGAAGCCGUAGCAGAAGCAACAGCAGGAAUCGCAGUUACUCCCCAAGGAGAAGCAGAGGAUCACCACGCUAUUCUCCCCGUCAUAGCAGAUCUCGCUCUCGUACAUAAGAUGAUUGGUGACACUUUUUGUAGAACCCAUGUUGUAUACAGUUUUCCUUUACUCAGUACAAUCUUUUCAUUUUUUAAUUCAAACUGUUUUGUUCAGAAUGGGCUAAAGUGUUGAAUUGCAUUCUUGUGUAAUAUCCCCUUGCUCCUAACAUCCACAUUCCCCUCAUGUCUGAUAAAUUGUAUUUUAAGUGAUGUCAUAGACAGGAUUGUUUAAAUUUAGUUAACUCUCUCCAUGCUCUUCAGACUGUGAUAUUGUGUAAAUGUCUAUUCUGCUCUGGUUUGUGUGAACUGGGAUGUUGGGGGUGUUUGUGGUUAUCUUACCUGGGGAAGUUCUUAUGUUUAUCUUGCUUUUCAUGUGUCUUUCUGUAGACAUAUCUGAAGAGAUGGAUUAAGAAUGCUUUGGAUUAAGGAUUGUGGAGCACAUUUCAAUCAUUUUAGGAUUGUCAAAAGGAGGAUUGAGGAGGAUCAGAUCAAUAAUGGAGGCAAUGGUUUGGAUUGGAGAGGGCUCACUGGAUCCCAAUCCUUGGAGCUGGAUCAUUGGAUUCAAAUCAUAAUGUGGAUAGGAUAGGGAGGAUGAAUUACAAGGAUUCAUGGAGCGGGAUCAGAUUACCAGGAACAUAGGAGUGGAUUCCUGCCCCAACCAAACCGCAUUCGUGUGGAUAUUUUUUUUUUUAUUAUUCAACUUAAUUGGCUAUUCCAAAGAUUUUUUUUUCCUAUUUUUGACGAUUGGAGCCCUUAAGAUGCACGAUGGAAUUGUGUUUUGCAUUUUUUGGUAAAAGGAGCAAAGCGAGGACCUGGAGAUAAUACGCUGGAGCAAUCUCCUUGGAAGGAUUCAGCACGAGUAGAUGGUAAACAUUUAAAGGGGAAAGGGGGGGUUUGUUUAAAUAGUAAAUCAGUAAGUCACUUCUAAAUUUAAAGAACAAAAUUGGAGUUGAAGAAUAAGUAGGUUUCCAAUUGGCUAUUGCCGUUUUUCUUUGAAAAAAAUAAACAUUUUUUAAAAAACUAAAAAAAAAA